UUAGUGGGGCCGAUCUUCCAGAUCUUUGCCCCACCUUCCAUGGCUAACAUGACGUGGGGUAAAGGUGGGCGGUUGGCCAAGCCGCCGAAGAAAACGCCACUUUAUGUCAGGGCAGAACUCCCUUCUCUCCCAAAGCCGCAAACAACAAUCAACCGCCAGUGUCAAAUACCUCAAACUGCCCAACUCAGACUACCUACGAAUCGAAGGACUUGUAGGUCUCUUAAGGAAUAGCAUAGCUCUUUCCUAUUAGACCACGGCCUCUGCGCUUUUGUCUCUGCAGAAGAUCGCUGCCCUGGCCUUCUCGAAAUCUUGAUCGGGAUCCAAAGCUCCUAUUUGCGCCACCAUCUAUCUCCAGUCUGUCGCUCGUCGGUAGGGGCGCAAGGUCUCCUGCAUCCCAGCAUGGCAACACUAGCCCAAGGACAAGCGCCACAGUCGGUCGGCAGCCGUACCGAGAUCCUGCUCGCCCCAACACAGCAGCAGACAGGCACACAGACGCAGGCCAUUUUGCGACUGCGCGGCGCGCACACGUCAACUGGGAGGUCUGUCCAGUGGCGGGAAGACGUUGUGGACAAUGAGGGCCUGGGCCGGAAGAAGUCUAAGGUUUGCUGCAUCUAUCACCGGACAAGAGGCGUCGACGAGUCCAGCGACGAAUCCUCGUCCGACUCCAGCUCGUCGGAUUCCGACUCGGACCGUGAGGGCGGCAGCGAUCCCAGGAGAGACAGGGGCGAUGGCGCCGGCGGCGAGAAGGACAAGGACGAGAAGGUGAAGGAUAGCGACGGGCACGGGCACGAAGGGCACGAUUGUGAUGACCAUGGACACUCUCACAGGCACGGUGGUAGUAGUCAGAGGCGUAGGAGGAGGAGGCCGAGUCCGAAUGCCUAUGAGAAGAUGCCGAAGCCUCAAAACCAAAGCAACAAGCCGCAAAAUGACAAGCCCGGCAUCGGUGGCGGCCAGGGGCCGCCGGGGGCAAGUACAUAGGAGUGGGCCGUCUGGCAAGAGUGCAAUGGCGAUACCGGAACAUUAGCGGUAGUGCAUAGUAUGUUUAAUUUUGGGACACAUCUGGGUUUGGAUGACUUUGGAGCGCACGCACAUUUCUUUGUCUUAGUCCCGUAGUCUAACCCACCCAUUCUAUCACUCUAGACUUGAGUGGGAAAUGUCACGAAUCAAUGAAUAUAUUAAAAGUGGGCAAAGCAUCUUAUAUAAAUAUGGCCAUGGA